AUGUCUUGUGUUGCUGCCAUCUUUGCGGGCCUGCGGCGGUGGUUCCCGGAGCUCAUCCCGACCGUCGCGUUGUGGUAUAGCGAGCAGCGCCGCCUCUUUCUCUUCAACGCGGAGGCGCGGUGCAGCUCGGGCGACACCUUCAUGUCGACCGAGGGCUGCGCGCAGGGCGAUCCUCUCGGGCCCUUCCUCUUCGCCGUCGGCUAUCAUUGGACCCUGCUCGAGAUGCAGGUGCGCAACCCGUCCGCCCUAAUUUGCGCCUACCUUGACGAUACCUACGUCGCGGACGCGCCGAGGGCGGCUCUCGAGGCGAUGCUCGAGGGCGACGACCUUGCUCAACUCUGGAGUGGCGUCGAGAGCAACAAGUCCAAGCGGUGCAUGUGGGCCCCCGACCCGCGCUCGCUCGACGCGGUGCGCAACCGCACGGAUGUCAAGGGCACGCCGGACUCCGCAGACGGCGUCCUUCGCGGUAUUCGCGUGCUCGGGGCGUACCUCGGGGACAAGGCGUGGUGCCGUGACAAACUCGUCAAGCGCGUCCGCAAGGCGCUGGAGCCGCUCUCGGGCAUCGUGGCGCUGCGCGACACCAAAACGAUCCACACCGCGCAGCAGCUCGCCCAGGUGCUCCUCCGCUUCUGCAGCAACACCACGCUCACCUUCUUCCUUCGCACUAUGCCGCCGUCGGUGACCCAGGACGCCGCGCGCGAGCACGACCGCCUGAUGGAGGAGGCGCUCUACACCCUCGUGGGUGGCGCGCGGGUCGGACGCAACAGCCCACGGUGGCGGGUCGCUGUUCAGCAGGCCCGACUCCCGGUCAGGAUGGGCGGUAUGGGCCUGACCAGUGCCAUGGACAUCCGUGAGGCAGCGUGGGUCGGCACGUGGGCCCUCGUCACGCGGCCGAUACGCGAGCUGCACGAGCCAUUCCGCGACCUCGAUGUGGCCCUCGCGCCGGGAGAGCGCUUCGACGAGCUUCGGGAGGCUCACAAACGCCUCCGCGCCGUUCGCGACGCGGUCGGCAAGACGUGGCGCGAGUGGGACGGGCGCACGCUAUACCAAGACGUCGUCGGGCCCUUCCAGGAGACCAAGGCGGUGCCACGGCGCCGCUACCACCCGCCCAAACUUACGCCGGCGGCGGAGCUGCUGGAUCUUUCGGAGUUCUCGUCUACCAGCGAGUUCUUACAGCAGGCGCAGCGGCGGUACACCGUCGGCGUACACCAUCGCAACUGGCUCGCCCUCGCCGACGCCUUCGUCAGCGAGGCAUCCCGGCAGGGCGGCCGCUACAAGACUGGCAGGUGCAAGAACCACAAGUGCUGGCGCGAGGCGAUUCG